GUGCAAAGAUCCAGCAGUAUGUUGUCGCAUUUGUACAUAAUUUUUGCAGAAUCUGAUGUUUUUUGUGCUUUCAAACUCCAGUAUAAGUAAAUAACGUGCGAGUGGUGCGUUUAUUAGUAUAUAUAAUGGAAAUUGUAUGAGUUUUAUUUAUCUACAUACGUUACGUAUAUCUACUGUUGAAACAUUUCUGGUGCAAUAUAAUACGUCUACGUAUAUGGAGAGCCAAAGAGUAUAAAAACAGCAGUUCCGAAAAUGAAGACUGAGUACCGGCUAUGCUCAGCAUGUGGUGAACCGAUUAGUGACAAGUUUCUUUUAGAAGUUUCUGGCAGAAGCUGGCAUGCAAGGUGUCUCAGAUGUUGCGUUUGCCAGUUGCAACUGGACCGACAGCCCUCCUGCUUCAUCAGAGAUCGAGCAAUCUAUUGUAAAGCAGACUACGCGAAAAGUUUCGGAGCAAAAUGUUCAGUAUGUUCGAGAGGUAUAUCAUCAAGUGAUUGGGUUCGCAAAGCACGUGACCAUGUGUACCAUUUAGCCUGUUUCGCAUGCGCUGCGUGCCACCGGCAGUUGUCAACCGGCGAAGAAUUUGCCCUCCACGAGGACAGGGUGCUUUGUAAAGCUCAUUACUUAGAAACGUUGGAUGGCGGAACAACAUCUUCAGACGAUGGAUGUGAUGUCGAAGGUUAUCACAAAAACAAAGCGAAAAGGGUUCGCACAACUUUUACGGAAGAACAACUGCAAGUGCUGCAAGCUAAUUUCCAGUUAGAUUCCAAUCCGGAUGGUCAAGAUCUGGAACGGAUUGCUCAAAUCACAGGCUUAAGCAAGAGAGUGACGCAAGUGUGGUUUCAGAAUUCUAGAGCGAGACAAAAAAAACAUAUGCACACUGGAAAAAUUAAAACUCAAAUGCAUAACACCAGAGACGAAAACAGCUUUGGACGUCAUAUAAACCUGCAUCUAACGUACUCAUUUCAACAGCAAAACAAUUCUAAAACAUCGUUAUUUGGCCAACCAGAAUCAACGUUGGACGACUUAUCCCAAGAAUCUACAAUGCACUGCAUGCAAGGCGAAGUGUGAAAAAAUGGCUUUAAGAGUUUAUUUUGAGUCUAAAUGACCGUACUGGUACUUUACAAUGUACUGCGUGAUUUAUUUUAAGUGUACUAUUCUGACAAACGAAUAGACGUAAAAAAUAUUUUUCGAGUAGAGCGUUGAUACAAGUACUUAAGUACCUACUUACUUAUUAAAAAUUUUGGAGCACUGAAGGUUUCACAUUUUAUAAAGCAAAAUUUUAAAUUUAAUCCAAUUUCCAUUGUUCAUGUAAGCAAUAGGAAAUAUGUAGGUACCUACUCAUUACAUAAUGGUUAAUUUACAAAACAUGUAUUGUCGUGUCGUGUAAAAUACGCUGAAACACUCGAAAUAAAGAAAUAUUUUUACGUUUAGCGUCGAUCAGUUUUAUUUGUUUGUUAAUUUAUUAGUCCUAUUUAUUUGGUUACUGUAUGAAAAGCUAAACACUUAAUAUAAAAAUAAUGAUGGCUACAAUAUGUGUUACUGAAGUUAAUUACUUGUUGUAUGUAUAAAUUAAG